GCACUCUACCCAGUGGCCUGAGCAGACGCGGUAGUCAGCUUCCGGUGGCCAAGGAGGGGGCGCCCAGAGCACACGCUAUGUCUUGCUUCAGCCGCUCUAAGUACAAGACCGGGGACCUGGUGUUUGCCAAGUUAAAGGGCUAUGCCCACUGGCCAGCGAGGAUCGAACAUGUCGCUGAAGCCAACCGCUACCAGGUGUUCUUCUUCGGGACCCAUGAGACCGCCCUGCUGGGUCCCAGGCACCUGUUCCCUUAUGAGGAGUCCAAAGAGAAGUUCGGCAAGCCCAACAAGAGGCGCGGCUUCAGCGAGGGGCUGUGGGAGAUCGAGCACGACCCUAUGGUUGAGGCCUCCUCUAGCCUGUGCUCAGAAGAGGAUCAGAGCUACACAGAGGAUCCUGGGCUAGCAGAGGAGCCGGAACUAGGACAGGAGCUGGUGCAGGAGCUGGAGCCCGAAUUCAUGCCUGAGCUGGAGGCAGAACCUGAGAUGCCUGAGACCGAGUGUGAACAGGAGCCCGAGCCCCAGCCUGCCUAUGACCUGCUGGACGCCGUGGAGGAGCCGGGCCUCACCAAGGCCGAGCCAGGAGAUCAGCAAGCCGAGCAUGUGCAAGAGAAGCACCCUGAGGUGGAGGCAGAGGCUGAGGCUGAGGCUGAGGCCGAGGCAGAGGCGGAGGCGGAGGCCAAGGCUGAGGUGGAGGAGCCGGGGAGUCUGAAGAGGAGCGCGGAGGAUGAAGAGCCUCAUUGUCCUCUCAAACGGCCCAGGGAGGCGGCUCCUGGUGCGUUGGAGAUGGAGCCUGCUGAAGAGCGCGAGGCUGAGGCCUGCCCCUUCGUGGAGGAGCCUGACCAAGCCCAGGAGCAGCUGCCUCCGUUGGAGGAAGAGGCCACAGAAAAGGCGGUCCAGGGCCUGAUUGUUGGAGAAAUAGAAGGCCUGUAGUCACGGUGUUUGUAGAAGAGCCCCUUUUACCCGUUCCUGCUGCCACCUGGCUGUGGCUUGGGAAACCCACUAGGGCCCAGUCUUCAACCCAGUCCACCUCUCCUUCAUUCAUUCGCCUUCUACAAGCCUAAAUUCCUGGCAUGAGGGGACAGGCCAGUUGACAUCAACUUUGUGGCUUAAGUAGUGACCACCCUUCCCACCCUAAACUCUUAGGGGCAUUUUGGACCUCUGCCUAGGAACCAGGAGUGAAGAGGGAUGGAAGAUGAAGAGCAGGGACAACAUUCAAAGGUCUGGAAGGAACAGUCUGUAAACUAUGGCGAUGCUAGUCUACUCCACACCCACCCUGAGUGCCGCCCAUAAUUCCUUUCAGAGUACUGUAGGUUCGGGGAAAGUGAGACAGCAGUGUCCAGUAAAGAUUUUUGUUGUCCCAGUCACUUUCUUUCUUUCUUUUUUUUUUUUUUACAAAAACUUUUGGGGCUCUCAAGUCAUAAGAUCUGAAAGACUUUGCCCUUUUGGGUUGAAGAGGUGAGACAUCCUCUCCACAUCUCUUGGGCCACUGAAGGAAACUUCAGCUGCUCCUUUGAAUCCACCCUGGAGCCCCAAGCCUUUAGUCAUACAUAUAUAACUUAAACAUAAGAAUACUUUAGAAACUAUCUUUAUUUUUAAAGGAAUUUUACUAUAUUUAUAAAGAUCAAACUUUGGUUGCAACUCCUAGUUUUCCUGUGGCCAAUCUCAUAUCCCUUAUUGCUUGGGGUUUGAUGACCUGCUUGUUGUUAAGGCUUUGCUUUCCUUAAGGUGCUGCAAUUUCUAUCUGCAUGUCAGCACCUGGGCCCCUCAGUGUUGUCACCUACUGCAAAAUGUACUCAGAAGUUAAGUGUCCCUUCCCAGCCUCUUCUGUCUCUCCACACCUUUGUACCUGGACCCUCUUGGCCCUGCUCUUUCCCCUUGGGCUCUGAUGAAAAAAAAAAAAAAAAAAAAAAAGAUAACUAUACCUUUGGAGGUUUAAAUCGGAGAACCGUAGACUAUUUCAGUUUUAGGAAAUAAAACCGUUGAUCACUUUAAAAC